AUGGAAGCAGUGCUCUCACCUCUCAGACAGGAAGGCAUCAGAAUUCUGAACUACUUGGACGACUGGCUCCUGUGUGCAGGGACACAGCAGGAGUGUCAGGCUCACUUCUCUCUGCUGUUGGAACACCUGCAUCAAUUGGGGCUUCGUCUCAACUACGAGAAAAGCCAUCUCGUACCGUCUCAAGAGACGCACUUUCUAGGCCUAGUCCUGAAUUCUCAGGCAGCAAGUCUCACACUAUCACAGACGAGACUGAGUUGUCUCUCGCAGUUCAGACUGGGGGCCAGAGUCAUAUGGCAGCAGUGUCUCCACCUCAUGGGGCUUAUGGCGUCCAUGUCACAGGCAGUCCCUUUGGCGCUGCUGAACAUGCGCCCAGUCCAACGGUUGGGAUGGGGCACCGGGAUCUGA